GUCGUCGACGCGGAACUCGGUGUGUGUUUACGUCCCCGCUGGCUCUCUUUGUCCGCAGAAAAGCGGUAAAAUGUGCGCCACGGUGCAGCUGCUGCGGGUGUCGGUACAUGAGCGGAUCAGCGCCGCCGCUGAAGACUUUCUGCUGCAGGCGGGAAAAGGAGAAUUAACGGCAGAAGUCCCGGUGUCGCUGAGAGCGCUGCUCACCGAGCGGCUAACGGCGGCUGCGGAGGAGAUUGUCGGUCUAUUUGAGGAAACCGUGGCGGAGUACGAAGACAGAGUGGAGCGGUCAGAGCGGGAGAUCUGCCGCCAGAGGAGGCUGCUCGAUGCCGUGCUGAAGCCCCAAGUGAAGCUGCACAGAGCGGACUCUCUGCAGGAAGUGAGCCUGAUCCACACGGACCUCCAGCCUCCAGUCGACCCUGCAGACUUCAACCAAAUUGAAGUCAAACCAGUCGACAGUGACGCUUCCUGCCCCCCGACGCCUUGCUCUCCAUCACCAUCCUACCAUCCGCCCAUCUCACCGAGCAGCUCGGCUGUCCACAGCGACAGUGACCUGGACAGCGACUGGGCCGAACAGAGUCAGACUCUGAGACCUCAGAGUAAGAAGAAGAGAGGACGGCCGGCGCUCACCAUCAGAAACAUCAGAAAGAAACGGAAGCGGUCGACUCCGGCUCAGAGCUUCAGCUGUCAGGUGUGUGGACGCGCUCUGCAGGGGAAAGGCUUCCUGCUCAAACACGUCCUGCAGGUCUGCGCCAAGGACCCGGACUUCUGCUGCGGCUUCUGCGGCGAGCGUUUGGACUCUGCGGACGACCUGACGGCUCACCUGCAAGCGCACCAGGAAAAGAGUAAAACCUGCUCUUUCUGUGGGAAAACCUUCCAGUCCAUUCUGGCGCAGGAGCUGCACGUGCGGCUGCACACCGGAGAGAAACCGUACAGCUGCGACAUCUGCGGCAAGAAGUUUAGCCAGAAGGGCAACCUGACCUCGCACACCCGCGUUCACGCUGCCGAGAAACCUUUCAAAUGUAAAGAGUGCAGCCGCACCUUCUGUCACAUGACAUCUUUAGAGCGACACAUGCGGGAGCACAGCGGUGAGGAGGUUCACAGUUGCAGUGUCUGCGGUCAGGAGUUCAGCAGGCGCCGCAGUCUGCAGCGACACAUGGCGACUCAUCAGAACACCACAGACAAACCAAAGAGAUACCGCAGCUCGGCACCGUCCUAUCGCUGCAAAGUGUGCGGGGAUGCCUUCGACAAGAGGACCUUCUUGGUGAAACAUGUUGAGACUCACCUACAGGACCCGGACUGCUGCUGCGGACUCUGUGGACACCAGUACGAGUCCGCCACCAGCCUCGCCGCUCACCUGCACUCCCACCGCGAGAUUGGCAACACCUGCCACGUCUGUGGGAAGAGCUUCCCGGCUCACGCGGCGCUGGAGAUGCACAUGAGGAUCCACACUGGAGAGAAACCGUACACCUGCAACUUCUGCAGUAAGUCCUUUAACCAAAGCGGCAACUUGAAGACACACCUGAAGAUCCACACCGGCGAGAGGGCGUUCUCCUGCAGCCUCUGCGGGAAGGGUUUCACCCAGAAACAGACUCUGGACACUCACGUCCGCUUCCACAACAAGGAGAGACGCUUCCUGUGCCAGGUCUGCGGGAAGGGCUUCAUGCAGGACGUGGACCUGAAGAGACACAUGCUGAUCCACACUGGGGAGAAACCGUACAGCUGCAGGGUCUGCGGGAAGAGCUUCCAGGCCAAACGAUCGCUCAAUGGACACCUCAAAGUCCACACCGGGGUGGGACUGGAGCUGGAUCUGACCUCAGAGCAGCCAAGGACGGACAGUUUCUACUCAGGCUUCAUCCAGCUGUAGGGGGGGGGGCAUGUGCAUGUGUUUACCAUUUAGAGACUCAAACCAACAAUAUUCAACUGUGGUUCAUAUGUUUUAUAGUGUAAGCUCUGAUGAGUUCUGGUUCCCUGACUGACGUCCUGUAAGAGCCUGCAGACAUCAGCAGUAGAUGUUUGAUCACCAGACUCCCUUAAAAAAAUCACAGAUUUUAAAGUUACUGAGUGAAGAGAAACUUUAUAAACUUUGUGAAACUA